CACCACCAAGUGUCAACUGCGAAUUCAGAUUUGAUCUGUGGCGCUAUGGUGUUGCCCAAAGCCGGUUACGGACGUAUUAAUAUUUAAGCUCCUCUGCGCGCUGCUUCAGACAGGAAGGAGUAUGGAUAUAAAGGAAUUUGCUUUAACUCUUGCGCUGAGGGGAUUUGAGCUGGAGCUGUGUGCACCAAACUAAGACGGUGGCUCGAGGCGCCACAGCUCGCGGUUUCUUCUUCACUUUUAUUUGGAACACGACGUUUUUGUAAGCAAUGGGAAAAGAAGAGUGCAAAACAAUGCUGGACGCUCUAAACAAAGUCACCGCUUGUUACAGGCAUUUGGUGAUCGCACUUGGUAGUACAUCAGACUCUCAAAAUUUACGCGAGGAACUGAAGAGGACGCGCAAAAAGGCCCAGGAGCUGGCCGUGGCAAAUAGGACUAAACUGACAUCUUUGCUGAAAGACAAGAGUAUCAGCAAGGAGGACCGUGCCGAAUAUGAGCGUCUAUGGGUGCUGUUCUCCAGUAGCAUGGAGCUGCUGGAGGUGGACAUGAAACGCUCUCUGGAAAUAGGGCAGGAUUUCCCCCUGAAGGUGCCCACUAGGCACCUGAUUCAGACGGGCAUGACGGGCAGCACAACCACAGUGGCAGCGCGGGCCAUGAGCGUGCAGAAUAUGAAAUAUGAGGCAGACAGCAACAUUGACACCGCAGACCUGAGGGAGCUGCAAUGUGAGAUCGGUCAGGUGAGCCAGAUGCUGGAGGAGAUGGAGAUGAAGGUGCAGGUGGCUCCAUGGGCGGUAGAGGCCAAGCAGGAGGCGGGCGCCGAGCUCAAGUCCAACAUGAGCGUGGGGAAUUCCUCGGUGGGCGUCAUCUCCAUCUGCGAAGAGGAGCCCAAAGAAGAGGACGGGGGCGGAGGGGGUCAAGGCUCGGGUUUGGGAUCCAUCUGCGCUGUGUUGGUUUUCAUCGUCAUUGUCGGUGUGGCUUUGGUGCUUGGAUAUCUAGUGAUCAACAUGUCCUGAAAUCCAAAUGCUCCAAGAAUUACUAUGGAAACGGUAGUGUGAAAGACAAGACCAUUCAAAUUGAGGGUCCUGAAUG